UCCCCUAGUAACCGGAAGUUUUCUCGAAGAGAAUUGUGGGUAAAGCGAAUUGGAGAAACACGUGUUUGCUAAAGUUUUAAUACAGCGUGACAACACAUUAAAGAAAUGGGACGUCCUGGUUUUUCACCCGGUGGCCGAGGCUUCGGAGGAGGCCGUGGGGGCGGAGGAAGAGGACGAGGAGGAUUUGGUGACCGAGGAGGAUUUGGUGACCGAGGAGGAUUUGGUGACCGAGGAGGCAGAGGAGGAAGAGGAGGAUUUGGUGACAGAGGUGGUCGUGGGGGCCGAGGAGGUCGAGGAGGGUUUGGUGGAGGGUUUGGUGACCGUGGACGAGGGGGAAGAGGUGGAAGGGGAGCUGGAGGCCGCGGAGGUAGAGGUGGCCGAGGCGGAAUGAGGGGUGGAAGGACAGUGGUGGUAGAGCCUCACAGACAUCAGGGUGUGUUCAUUGCCCGCGGGAAGGAGGAUGCCUUAGUAACACUGAACAUGGUUCCCGGGGAGGCAGUUUACGGAGAGAAGAGAAUCAGCACAGAGAUUGGUGAGACCAAAACCGAGUACAGGACCUGGAACCCAUUCAGAUCAAAGUUGGCUGCUGCCAUUUUGGGUGGUGUUGACCAGAUACACAUGAAACCUGGCAGUAAAGUUCUUUACCUCGGAGCUGCCUCAGGAACAACUGUCAGCCAUGUGUCUGACAUCGUAGGGCCGGAAGGCUUAGUAUAUGCAGUAGAAUUCUCACACAGAAGUGGACGGGAUCUCAUCAACGUAGCCAAGAAAAGGACAAACAUCAUCCCCAUCAUAGAGGACGCCAGACAUCCUCACAAGUACAGGAUGCUAAUGGGAAUGGUAGAUGUGAUAUUUGCUGAUGUUGCCCAGCCAGACCAAGCCAGAAUUGUGGCCAUUAACGCACACAACUUCCUGAAGGACAAAGGUCAUAUCGUCAUCUCCAUCAAGGCAAACUGUAUCGACUCGACAGCGGAACCAGAGGCAGUGUUUGCUGAUGAGGUAAAUAAACUAAAGGCGGAGAAGAUUAAACCCACAGAACAGCUCACGUUGGAACCCUACGAGAGAGACCACGCCGUGGUAGUGGGCAUGUACAGACCCCCGCCUAAGAAGUGAAAAGAGCAUUGGAGUGAAAGGACUGUAUAUAUGGACAGAAGGCAGGUGUAUGAAUGUGUGCGAGUGAGAAUCACAAAGGAAUUGUGAGAUGGACCAAGGAAUGUUAUCAGAAUGUUCCUGUCGUACCGAGGAGAGAGGAAUCACCAUAGCUACUGUGUUCAUGAACGAGGUUAUAUCCCCAAUCCACUGAUGUCUGUCCCAGUGUUUGUCCUGGAAUAAUGGUGGAUUCUAUUAUCUUACCGAGUUUCUGAAUUCUCCACUUCCUGUCCUGGACUUUUGAGUACAGUUAUGUAAUAGAGGACUCCGUCAUCCAAGUUUUCCACUUCCUGUUCAGAACUUUGUAGAGGAGUUUCAGAGAAUGACAUUGUUCUCUGCUUGCUAUCCUGGACUUUUAUUACAAUUCUAAUUUUACAGAGCUACUUCAACUUAUUGUAGCUCAAAGUGUAGAUGUUCUUAACUAGACAUCUUUGAUUGUGAUCCUUGAGCAGUGAAUUUGACAUGUUACUGCAGAUCUGUCGUAACUUGUACACCUUAAAUUUUGCCCCUGACAGAAUUCAAGUUAGUAGUUCUGAUUAUCAGAAAAUAUUAAAGAUUACAAAAAUUAAUUUUCUCAUAUAUAUUAAUAAGUUGCAGAUGAAAUGGUCUGUAUGUGUAUUUUACAACAUAAAAUAUUGUACCAUGCCCUAUUAAAAAAAAUCCAGGAAGAAUAUUAAUUGCUACCACAAAAAUUCUCACCAGUCAAAGUGUUCCAGUAGUACAAAGGUGUUACUGUACUAGCAUUCUCAAUUGUUUAUUAUUACUUCUUUUUAAUGAUAAUUGCAAGACUAAACAAACAUUUGUAUGUUAUAUACUUGUUUUAUUGUUAAUGUGUUCAUUGUUUUACAAUACAAUAUUGAAUACAAAUAUAUUUACAGUAUAAUAUUGUACAGCUAUCAACAUGUAGCCGAGGUUGAUAUAGGUAUUCAUUAACCUAAAGAUUGUGAUAUUUACCAAGGUUAUAAUGAUAUUCUACGGUUUAUAUGAUAAUCCAAGGUUAAUAAAUUUCUAUAUUCACCAAAGUAAAUGACAAUAAUGUUUAUUAUAUGACCAAUGAAAAGGAAUCACUGUUGCAUUUUAAAGGAAAAAUUCAAAAUUUGUGGUACCAUUUCUCAUGGUGUACUCGCUUGAUGGGCAGUAUUCUAUCACAUUGUCACAUAAUAAAGUCUAUUAAGUUUCAUAAUAUUUACUCAUUUGAUAUGUCUGGAAAAUUUCACAGAAGCAAUUAAAUUUUAUCAUAUAACAAGCUGUUGUUGUGUCUAUAAUGAUAUGUUUGGUAUAGGUGUCUUUUACACAAGGUGAUAGUUAAGGGUAAGAAUUUGUGUAAUAUGCUGAUUCAGGGCCUCAAUGUCUUCCACGGAGAUAUGAGAACCAACCUGUGACUAGGAGUUAUAAUGGACCACAACAGACUAUUUAAACCAAGCAAUACAAUGUACCUUUGUCCAAACAGAAGGAUUUUAAAAUUGUACAUCUAAACACCCUAUCGCGGUGCCACCUCUCAUCAGAACAAUUGUUCUCAAAAUUCUUUGCCAAGAAAUGGUUGAAACCAAAUUCGGACAAAAAAUUGGAACACAAAGUACAACUGAACAUCAGUGUGAUGAAAACAAAAAUACACAAUUGUAGGAAAGAGACACGGCUCCCAAAAACCACUCCAGUAUCAAGUUAACACAUAAGCAGUUAACCUGUGUGACUUUGUACAAGAUACUAAAUUGUACACAGGAUACUAAAUGUUACGUACAGGUUACUAAAUUGUAGUGUUGGGUAAUCGGUUGAACACGGCAACCGAUGAUCGGUUGUAAUCGGAUGAUCUCUGUAACCGAUUAUACGAUUAUUAUUGGUUGGUAUUGAUUAGUCUGUUUGAAAUAAAAAAUGUAAACAAAA